GUUAAUCUUCCAGCAGCUAAAUACAUUAUUGGUAUUGGAGCCAUCUUUGGCCUUUUGGGUAAUGCUAUUUCUUCCAUGAUGAUGAUGCCUCGAUUCCUUUAUUCAAUGGCUCAGGAUGGAUUAAUAUUUACAAUAUUCAGCAUAGUCAAUGAAAAGACAAAUAUACCACUAUAUGCAACAUUUUUAGGAGGACUUUUAACAGGUAAAUUUUGA